AUGGAUCAAGUGCUUGCGAAAGCUAGAGAACAACUGUAUGACUGCAAGCUGGUCACUGGGAAGCUCAGAGCAAUGCUACAAUCUGCUGAUGAGCAAGUGCGAAGUUUGAAGAAACAGAGCACAUUUCUCAGUCAGUUGGCUGCCAAGACAAUUCCAAAUGGAAUCCACUGUUUGUCAUUGCGGUUAACAAUUGAUUAUUAUCUUCUUGAACCAGAAAAAAGAAGCUUCCCCAGAAUGGAGAAUUUGGAAAAUCCAAACCUAUAUCACUAUGCCCUCUUUUCCGACAACGUUCUUGCUGCCUCUGUUGUUGUUAACUCAACCAUAAAGAAUGCCAAGGAACCUGAGAAGCACGUUUUCCAUCUGGUGACUGACAAAUUAAAUUUUGGAGCAAUGAACAUGUGGUUCCUACUGAAUCCUCCUGGAAAAGCUACGAUUCAUGUUGAAAAUGUUGAUGAAUUUAAGUGGUUAAACUCGUCGUAUUGCCCAGUUCUAAGGCAGCUUGAAUCUGCUGCCAUGAAAGAGUACUACUUCCAGGCAGCUCAUCCUACGAUAGUUUCUGCUGGUUCUUCUAACCUGAAGUAUAGGAAUCCCAAGUACCUUUCAAUGCUCAACAAUCUGAGGUUUUAUCUUCCACAGGUGUAUCUGAAGUUGGAUAAAAUUCUGUUUCUCGAUGAUGAUAUAGUUGUCAAAAAAGACCUGACUGGACUAUGGGCUGUUGAUCUGCAUGGAAAAGUUAAUGGUGCCGUUGAAACUUGUGGUGAAAAUUUCCAUCUCUUUGACAAGUAUCUCAACUUUUCUAAUCCUCAUAUUGCUCGGAAUUUUGACCCCAAUGCUUGUGGUUGGGCCUAUGGGAUGAACAUGUUUGACCUUAAGGAGUGGAAAAAGAGGGAUAUCACUGGCAUAUACCACAGAUGGCAGAAUUUGUCGGUGGAUUCAAAUUGGUUGGUUGGAACCUGCACCCUCUGGCGUGUUAAUUUUGCAAGGUUGACUCGCACUUUGAGGGAGGGAGGAAGAGCGUUGUGUCCUUGUGAUGAGCUGUGGCUUGGAAAAGCUCAUAUACCUCGCAUCUCUAAAGUUCGAGGAUUAUCAAAGCUAGAAGUGUACUCAUUGUCCACCAUGGAUGGCAAACGUACUCGGAUAAGGAGGGAUGAUUUAUGCGAUCAUGAUUGGGAGUUUCAUUUCACAAAGACAGCGCCGGUAUACUGGCGAAACCUAGAUCCUUACUGGAACGGUACCGGACAGAUCAUGCACCGUUAUUUCCAUCAGGACGGAAGCCAAACUGCAGAUCCAGGUGACGAGGUGUGGGGUGGUCAUGAGGCAUGUUACUGUGUAGUCACUGGGAUGGAAACUGGUGGGAAGAUCAGAGAACAUUAUGUAAGAAUUAACCGCUCGGCGCCCAUGUCUAUUUCCAGGAAUCUAGACUGGAGCUGGGAGAUGAACAACAACUUCUGUUCCUACUCUAGCAUCCCAAAUCCUGACAAGAUCGAAGGAACAGGUCCUCUGUAA